AUGGAUGACGGAAACGAUUAUGACAUUCUCCAAGAAUUAAACGUUUCCCAAAAUGAAAACUGCUACAUGAACUCCGUUCUGCAGUGUUUGGUCAACACUCCUAGAGUUGCUAAAGACUGCCUUCUACGACCUGAAUUGUCUGAAAUACAGUUUAACGGAUCUCUUGAGGAAUGUAGUAUAUUUUACUCAUCUCUAGCAUUUUGUGAACUUGUGAAAGAAAUGUGGUCUUCUUCUACAUCAGGUCCUUGUUGUCCGCGAGAUUUUAAAAUGGAAAUAAACAUGAAGCUUCGAAAGUUUAUUGAGGGAAAUAAUACUCUCCGUUAUAACUUGUAUGGAGUCAUAAAUCAUUACGGAAGUCUCAAUUCUGGCCAUUAUACAGCCUUUUGUCGAUCCUGCAAUAGUUCGGAUAUUUGGUUUCUUUUGAAUGAUUCGAGGUUUUAUUAAAUCGCCAUUUGCAGUGUUUCUAAUUGCCUGCCAUCAGAUGUCGUCUCG